AAACAAUAUAACAAGCGUAAUACAUUGGUUGUUCAUAUUUUUCAUAAAAAGCCUAUUCAUGCCAAAGAAACUUUUUUUAAUCUUUCUUUUGAUGGAUCUGACGUGGAUUGUCACGAACAAGUUAACAUAGACAUUCCAUCUUUUAGAAAAAAAGGAUAUGACGUGGAUUGUCAUGAAGAAGUUAAUAUAGAUAUUCAAUCUCUUAGAAAUUUUAAGGAAUAUUUAAGAACAUUUGAUGCAAAUUUAUAUAUGACUAAUUUAUGCAACUUAAAGGAAAUUUUUCAUAAAAGGUUUUUUAUAGUAGAAGACAAAUCAUUUUUUGAAAAAAGACUUGAUUUAAUCAAAAAGAUUUGUAAUAAAUAUACUAGUGAUGAUAAAGAUGCUGUUGGAAAUCAUAAUAAUAAUUUGAAACGACCUAUAAGGGUGUUAAUUAAUGAUGAUAAAGGUUUAGAUUAUGAAAAUUGUACAUCUUUUAAAAGAAAAAAAGAAUCAAAAACAAAGGUACGAAUCAAUGAACAAGAAAAUAAUCAAGUUGAAAUGAAUUUAGAAAAUAUUAAAUUGAAAAAGGAAUUAGAAGAAUGUAAACAGAUUAUUAGGAAGUUAAGUGAAAAAAAUGUAGAGUUCGUAUGUAAAAAUAAACUAUUGGAAGAUGAGAUAAAUGAUUUUGGACCAAAGGAUUCCAAUUAUCAUAAAGGACAUCAAUUCGAAAAUACUAUUUCGAAAAUACUUAUUAAUGACGGAAUUCGAACUAAUAUGAUUCGUCUUCGUCGUGGUGAUGGUGGAAUUGACAUCAUUGCUACAUUUAAAGGUCGAAUAAUUCUUAUUCAGUGUAAGAAUGUGGAGAGUCCUAUUAGUGUUCUUGAUUUGAGGAGUUUCGAGUCUUCUAUUGAUCCUUUUGUUGGAAAUGAUAUAUUAUCUAUCAUUGUUUAUAAUAGCAAAAAACUUAACCAUCCUUUGACAAAAGAUGCGAAAGAUUGGAAUAUAACAUCACGUUUCAACAUCAAAAUUACGAAUGAACGAGAGAUUGUUAAUUGUAUAAAGAAUGUAAAUCAAGAUAACCAAUAUGGCAUUAAAAAAUAUUUACUUAGCAGGGUUGGCCAAUAA